AGCCUCCCCUCUGUCAAAACUCGGCGUUGUUCAACAGAAUCUUCAUCUUCUCGCUCCACUUUCUCUCUCUAACCUCUUCCUCCUUCCGUCUUCCUUUAUAUAUAGCCCCCAUCGCUCACAGAUAUCAAGAUCUGUGAACAGAAUGGGAUCGUUGAUCGCGCAGGGCCUCACCUUAGAUUGCACUCCGCCGUCCAAAGCUUGGACUCCGAGAUCCACCACCGAAUUCCUCGCUCAAGUGUCGAGGCUGGAUAACGUAACCGAGAAGAUUUCCAAGCUCGAUGAUUACGUGAAUCGGCUGCAGGAUGAGAUGAAGAAGAUCGAUGCGUUCAAGCGCGAGCUGCCUCUGUGCAUGUUCCUCCUCAAUGACGCGAUUGCGAGGAUCAAGGAGGAGAUAAUGCGGUGCCAGAGCUCCAAUUGUGAACCGAUUUUGGAGGAGUUCAUACCGCUGAAGAAAAGUAGCUCCGAUGAUGAGAAAGCCGGUGAACAAGUGAAGGAAACGGACAUUGUGGAUAGGAGAGAGAAAAUGAAUUGGAUGAGCUCUGUGCAGUUAUGGAACGCCGAUAGCAAUAAAAAGAGGAAGGAGGAAUCGGUUGAUCGGGCGGCGAUCGAGGAGCUCUUCCGGAGCGGUAAAAGCAGCAGGGCGGCGGGGAAGGCGUUCUCCCCUUUCAAAGGCUGCAGUAAUUUUCUGGCGAUGGCGGUGGGGAAAGAGGGGAGGGAUGAAUUUCCGGCAGCGCCGUCGCUCUCGCUUCGCACCCCUGAGAUUAAGAGUUCCACUGAGGAGAUUUUUCGCAACAAUUUCAGCUCCAAAUCGAGCUCCAGCAGGUCCGGAUCAUCGUGCGGAGCCAACAGCCAAACGAGUUUCAAGGCCGAUUCGCAGCAAAACGGCAGGAAGCAGCGGCGGUGCUGGUCGCCGGAGCUCCAUCGCCGCUUUGUUAGCGCCCUGCAACAGCUAGGAGGCGCUCAAGCUGCAACUCCUAAACAGAUCAGAGAGCUGAUGCAAGUCGACGGCCUCACCAACGACGAAGUGAAGAGUCAUUUGCAGAAAUACCGGCUUCACACGCGGAGAGUUCCUCCGGCGACGAACGCAUCCGCCGCCGUGCUAUGGGCGUCGCAAGAGCAAUGCGGCGAGUCGUCGAAGCCGAGCAAUUCGCAAUCGAGCUCGCCGCAGGGCCCCCUCCACCUGUCGUCGAGGGGGGGCGACAGCGUGGAAGAGGAAGACGACGACAACAAAUCAGAGAGCCGCAGCUGGAAGAGAGAGAGCCAUGUAUAGAAGAAGGAAGCAUAAUAGAGUUUUUGCAGAUACAGAGAGGACCUUCAUAAAAUAUUUCAAAUUUUUAUCAUGUACAAUAACAUAGGAAAACCACCAUCUCUCUAUGAAAUUUUGAACUUCAUCUUUAAAUUUA